AGCCAGCAUCAGCCAUAUCCCUGCUCGAUCCCAGCUGUAAGUGCCUCAUUGUACCUCUCCCCGUGCGGACUUACCACCACAGGCUCCUGGGCUCGGACUUCUCCCCUCACCCGCAGCACGUUACUCACCCGGCUUCCGGCCUGUGCGGUCCACCCGACUUCCGGCCUGUGCGCUCCACCGGACUUCCACUCCACACCGGAUGUGAGGUCCCCGCGCUCCUCCCCUCUGGUCUUCGCCAGAGCUGUGUGUGAUACUGCCUGCUGCUGCCCUGUGUGCCACAUAUUAUUCCUACCCCCACCUCAGUGCCUACUGUAGUGAAGAAGACAUCUGGUGACCAUCUGACACCCCUCCGCUGUGCCUCCAUACCGGUGCCUCCUCCUCACUCACUGACACGAGAGGCACAUUGACCAGAAGAUCCUGGAACUCACCAACAAGACCAUUCAGCUGCUGACUGGAGAGGAGUGGGAGUAUAUAGAGGAACACAGGGGCCUGUACAAGUACGUGACGAUGGAGAAUCACCGGCCCCUCACAUCACUGGAUGGAUCCCGUAACAGGAAUAUCCCAGAGAGAUGUCCCCGUCCUCUUUAUUUCCAGGAUUGUACAGAGCAGAAUCACAGUGUCCCUCAGGAGGAUCAGGGUGAAGUUCUGUCUAAUAUUAAGACGGAAGAUCUGGUGGGAGAAGAAGAGCCCAAUGUGCCUGAUAUAAAGGCAGAAGAUAUAAAGGAGGAAGAAGAGACAUAUGUGAGGGGUGAUCAGCAGUGUAAGGAGGAGGAGAUCCCUACAGAUAUCAGCACAGACGGACACAGCAGCAGCAGAAAUGCCUUGGAUGAAUAUCUCAUUUUGCCUCCAGAUUGUGACAUUAAAGAUAACAUCAUCACAGAAGGUUCUCCUGUAGAAAACAUUCAUCCCCAAACUUUACAUCCAGAACAUCACAGUUCACAUAUAUCAUCUGAUGCCUCUAAUAAUAAUAAUGACAGUUGUCCUGAUACCUCAAAUAUAGCUACAGAUAGUACAGCUCAAAUGGGUGAUACAUUUUAUCCAUGCUCUGAGUGUGGGAAAUGUUUUACACAGAAAUCAAGUCUUGUUAUACAUCAGAGAACUCACACAGGUGAGAGGCCUUUUCCAUGUUCUGAGUGUGGAAAAUGUUUUAUAAAGAAAUCACAUCUUGAUAGACAUCAUCGAAUUCAUACAGGUGAGAGACCAUAUACAUGUUUUGAGUGUGGGAAAUGUUUUGCGCAAAAAUCAUAUCUUCUUACACAUGAGAAAAGUCACACAGGUGAGAAACUAUUUCCAUGUUCUGAGUGUGGGACAUGUUUUACACAUAAAUCAGAUCUUGUUAGACAUCAGAGAACUCACACAGGUGAGAAACCAUAUACGUGUUCUGAGUGUGGGAAAUGUUUUGCGCAAAAAUCAAAUCUUCUUACACAUAAGAAAAGUCACACAGGUGAGAAACUAUUUCCAUGUUCUGAGUGUGGGACAUGUUUUAUGCAAAAAGCAAAUGUUGUUAGACAUCAGAGAACUCACACAGGUGAGAAACCAUUUCCGUGUUCGGAGUGUGAGAAAUGUUUUACACACAAAACAUCCCUUGUUAAACAUCAGAGAACUCACACAGGUGAGAGGCCUUUUCCAUGUUCUGAGUGUGGGAAAUGUUUUAUAAAGAAAUCACAUCUUGUUAGACAUCAUAGAAUUCAUACAGGUGAGAGACCAUAUACGUGUUCUGAGUGUGGGAAAUGUUUUACACACACAUCAGCUCUUGUUAGACAUCAGAGAACUCACACAGGUGAGAAACCAUAUCCAUGUUCUGAGUGUGAGAAAUGUUUUUUACAGAAAUCAAAUCUUGUUACACAUCAGAGAACUCACACAGGUGAGAAACCAUUUGCAUGUUCUGAGUGCGGCAAAUGUUUUAUACAGAAAUCGCAUCUUCUUGCACAUCAGAGAAUUCACACAGGUGAGAAACCAUUUCUGUGUUCUGAGUGUGGGAAAUGUUUUGCACGGAAAUCAGAACUUGUUACACAUCAGAGAAUUCACACAGGUGAGAAACGAUUUCCAUGUUCUGAGUGUGGGAAAUGUUUUACAUACAAAUCACAAAUUGUUAGACAUGAGAGAAGUCACACAGGUGAGAGGCCAUUUCCAUGCUCUGAGUGUAGGAUGUGUUUUUUACAGAAAUCAAGUCUUGCUGCACAUCAGAGAACUCACACAGGUGACAAACCAUUUUUAUGUUCUGAGUGUGGGAAAUGUUUUGCACGUAAAUCAUAUUUUCUUAAACAUCAGAAAAGUCACACAGGUGAGAAACUAUUUCCAUGUUCUGAGUGUGGGACAUGUUUUACAGAUAAAUCAUAUCUUGUUAUACAUCAUAGAACUCACACAGGUGAGAAACCAUAUCUAUGUUCUGAGUGUGGGAAAUAUUUUACACAUAAAUCAGAUCUUGUUAGACAUCAGAGAACUCACACAAGUAAGAAGCCUUUUCCAUGUUCUGAGUGUGGGAAAUGUUUUACGCAGAAAUCAGAUGUUGUUAGACAUCAAAGAACCCACACAGGUGAGAAACCAUUUCCAUGUUCUGAGUGUGGGAUGAGGUUUUCACAGGAACAACACCUUCUUCGCCAUCAGAGAAGUCACACAGGUGAAAAACAUUUUCCAUGUUCUGAGUGUGGGAAAAGUUUUUCCGAGGAACACCUCAUUUACCAUCAGAGAAGUCACACAGGUGAGAAACCAUAUCCAUGUUCUGAGUGUGGGACAUGUUUUACACACAAAUCAGCUCUUUUAAGACAUCAGAGAACUCACACAGGUGAGAGGCCUUUUCCAUGUUCUGAGUGUGGGAAAUGUUUUAUAAAGAAAUCACAUCUUGUUAGACAUCAUAGAAUUCACACAGGUGUGAAACCAUAUACAUGUUCUGAGUGUGGGAAAUGUUUUACACACACAUCAACUCUUGUUAGACAUGAAAGAACUCACACAGGUGAGAAGCCUUAUCCAUGUUCUGAAUGUGGGAAAUGUUUUGUACAGAAAUCAAAUCUUGUUACACAUCAGAGAACUCACACAGGUGAGAAACCAUUUAUGUGUUCUGAGUGUGGGAAAUGUUUUACGCAGAAUAUAGAUCUUGUUACACAUCAGAGGACUCACCUAAGACAUAAGCAAUUUUCCUGAGCUGGUAUGCCACGAUAUUUUGUGGAAGGCAAGUCAAAUAUUCAAGCAUACAAUGUAUUAAUAAAUUAUAAAUUCAUUAUUUUAAAAUAGAUUAAAUGUAUUUCACCAACCUAAAGUUAGAACAGGUAUCUCUCAACAUUAAUAAGACUGCAUUGUUAAAUAGCAUUCUAAAAAAUACUCCUAACAAUGGGUUUUAGAUAUAAUGGGAAGCUGUGACAUCAUUUUAUUACAUGGUCAUACUUUCUAAUCAACCACUUCAAUGCUAAGUAAAAUGCGGGACUUUUCCUCAACAUAUACAGUGCCAUCCAGAAAGUAUUCACAACGCUUCACUUUUCCUAAAUUUUAUUAUGUUACAGCCUUAUUCCAAAAUGGAAUACAUUAAUUUUCUGUUACGUGCUACCGGUUACUGGGAAUCCAUUUAGUACCAUGGGGUAUAGACAGGUCCACUUGGAGCCAUGGGCACUAUAGAAGUUUGGUAACGUGUGCUGGCUCCUCCCUCUGUGCCCCUCCUACCAGACUCAGUUUAGAAAAUGUGCCCGAAGGAGCCGGUCACAUCUCUGGAAGCGCUUGAAGAGUUUUCUGCAUUUAUUUUAAAAGUUUGUUAUUUUCAGGCAGGGUUGGAUGGCACCAGCCAGCCUGCUUCGUGGGACUUAGGGGGGGAACGGCCCAGCUCCACUAAGGGUUAAUGGUCCCCACAGCGGUGAGCGUACAUUCCCGCAGCACGCCGCCACCCCUAACAGAGCCAGAAGAGUGGUGAGUACUAAUCCUGCGACUAGCGCGUCACCAGCCAUUAUGGCGGCAUUAGGGUACGGAGAUGCAUGGCUUCUAACAGGGCGGACUGAGUCUCCAGACUUAGUACACAGUAUGUGUACACAGUACCCAGACUGGCAUUGCAGCUUAAAAGGGGGCUUACUCCAUUUUAUGCGCUUAGACACAUAAAGCCAGUAUAAAGAAGAGCUGGAAGACCGCGUGCCAUUGCAGGGACGGGGCUUUACUAUGAGCGGAUCCAGCAGCUCACCAGCGCCAUUUUCCCUCUGCAGUGGACACAGACGCUGACUGACAGGGACGCACAGCUCCUCCGGAGAGACUCCAGAUUACCUCAGUGGUACCAGGGGGUCAUAGCAGGGGGGAGCUAUAUACUAGUGUACUAAGUCCCUACUCUGGGUACUUAGUCUGCGACCCAGCUAAGCUUGGCUUUAGCGAUAAGGGUUCUAUCCUCUCUCUCUGUCUCUCGGGAAGGACUCUUUGUGGGUUAAUUGUGCUCUUAACCUUUUCCUGUGUGUGUGCUGUUACUGCUGCAGUAUGUCAGGCAAAAUGUAUCAUGCAGGGCACAGUGUUCCUCUUAUCCAGGGGGUUCACUAGUCUGUACUCAGUGUAGUAUCCCUUCUCAGGCUAGUGGGAUGUAGCCAGCAUGGCUAGACUCCAUUCGGCGGAUAAUUUCCACCAUCUCUACUAAAUUAUCUCGUAGUGAGAAGGAAACACAAUACUUAAGACAGUCUAUGACUCAGUUUAUGACUCAGUACCAGCGUCUCAGUACUCUACCGUUUGUCUGCAGAAACAUUAUUUGGCUCAUCUCCUGCAUUCUGACUCUGAUGAUGAAGGGUAAGAAAUGGAGGAAGGUGAGGUGGACAUAGAGGUAGGGGAGGGUACUCUGUCGCAAGGUGUUGAGGAUCUCAUAGACUCUAUCAGGGAAAUCCUGUAUAUUCCUGAUAAGGUGACAGAGAUGUGUGAGGAAGCUUUCGUUAAUGUGACGUAAAAAUCCUCAGCCACUUUUCCUGUGUCAAAGGAAAAUAGCCUGUUUUGAAGAACCCUGUGUUAAUCCAGAUAAGAAAUUUCAAAUUCCUAGGCGGUUAUCAUCUUUUCCUCCUGAGGAUAGGGGAAAAAAUGGGAAAAUCCACCGAUAGUGAAUACGUCAGUGUCCAGGCUCUCACGUAAAAUAGUAUUACCUGUUCCUGGUGCAACCUCCCUAAAGGAUACAGCUGAUCGUAAGAUUGAGACUACACUCAAAUCUUUGUAUACAGCUGCAGGGGUGGCCCAGAGGCCCACUAUAGCAUGUGGGUGGAUUACGUGAGCCAUUGCUAAAUGGUCUGGUAACUUAAUUGAGGGGUUAGACACCUUACCUCAAGAGGAAAUUGUUUUACUCCUGCAAUACAUACAAUACUCUGCAAACUUUAUGGUGGAAGCCAUUAAGGAAAUAGGUUUGCUUAAUGCACGCACCACAGCUGUGGCAGUGUCGGCAUGCAGGGGAUUAUGGCUACGUCAGUGGACUGCUGACACGGACUCCAAAAAAGGCGUGGAAGGCCUGCUUUCACAGGUGAGGCCUUAUUUGGCGAAGACCUCGAUAAGUGGAUUUCGCGAGCUACUGCGAGUAAAUCUACCUUCUGCAGAUCCCCCAGGAAAGCCUACUCAGGACCCAAUUUACAGUCCUUUCGGACUGCAAAGUUUCGGGGCAAGGCCAGAGGUUUUUCUACCGCCGCCAGAGGUGCUAGAGGUAAACCACGCAAACCAGCGGCUGCUUGUUCUCAGGAACAGAGCUCCGGCUAAGUCUCUUCAAAGCCUUCCGCAUGACAGUGGGCCGCGAUGCCUGGGAGACAGGGAGGUGGGAGCCGAGCUAAUAUUCUUCAGUCACAUCUGAACAAGAUCUUGCUGGGAUCCCUGGGUCACAGACCUUAUAUCCCAGGAUUUCAGGCUGGAGUUCCAGGAUCUCCCACCUUACAGAUUCUUCAAAUGAGGCUUACCAGUUUUACAAGAGGCAAGAGUAACCUUUCAAGAAGCCAUUCAAAAACUGUUACAGACCCAGGUCAUUGUUCCAGUUCCACCUCAUCUACAAAACAAGAGAUACUAUUCCACCUUGUUUGUAGUUCCGAAACCAGACGGUUCAGUAAGAUCGAUUCUGAAUCUGAAGUCAUUGAACCUAUACUUACAAGUGUUCAAGUUCAAGAUAGAGUGUCUGCGAGCAGUGAUCUCAGGUCUGGAAGAGAGGGAAUUCCUAGCAUCUCUAGAUAUCAAGGAUGCAUAUCUUCACAUUCCGAUCUGGCCACCUCAUCAGGCUUAUUUAUGGUUUGUGCUGCAGGACUGUAACUACCACUUUCAGGCCCUGCCAUUUUGUCUUUCCACGGCACCGAGGGUGUUCACCAAAGUGGUGACAGAGAUGAUGAUGCUACUCCGCAAACAGGGAGUGAACGUAAUUCCUUCCCUGGACAAUCUUCUGAUAAAGACUGCCUCCAGGGAGCAGUUGUUGGAGAACAUUGGUCUCACAAGUAGAUUACUUCUGGAUCAUGAGUGGAUUCUGAACCUGCUAAAAUCUCACCUAGAACCAACGCAAAAGCUCAUUUCCUGGGAAUGAUACUGGACACAGUCUCAGAAAGUGUUCCUUCCCUUGGAAAAGGCAAUGGUGAUCCAGUCGAUGGUUCGGGCUGGCUUGAAGCCGACCCGAAUCUCAGUACAUCUGUGCAUCCGCUUUCUGGGGAAAAUGGUGUCUUCUUACGAGGCAAUUCAGUACGGAAGGUUUCAUGCAAGGCCCUUCUAGCUGGAUCUGUUGGGCAAAUGUUCCGGAUUGCAUCUUCACAUGCAUCAGAGGAUUUGUCUGGUGCCAAAAGCCAGGAUCUCCCUCCUCUGGUGGCUACAAACUUCUCACCUAGUGGAGGGUCGCAGGUUCGGGAUUCAGAAUUGGAUUCUCUUAAGCACAGAUGCAAGCCUCAGAGGUUGGGGGUGCAGUAACCCAGGGGGUGCAAUUUCAAGGAAGGUGGUCAAGUCAUGAAGUCAUCCUUCCAAUAAACAUCCUGGAGCUCAGGGCUAUCUACAACGUCCUUCGGCAGGCCUCCUCUCUUCUUCAGAAUCAGGCCAUUCAAGUUCAGUCGGACAAUGUGACGGCGGUGCCUUACAUAAACCGACAGGGCGGAACAAAAAGCAGAGCCGCAAUGUCAAAGGUGUCAAGAAUUGUCCUCUGGGCAGAAAAACACGCCGUGGUGUUGUCGGCGAUCUUCAUUCCGGGAGUAGACAACUGGGAAGCAGAUUUCCUCAACAGACAUGACCUGCACCCGGGGGAAUGGGGCCUCCACCCGGAGGUGUUCCAGUGGCUGACAUGUCGGUGGAGUUAUCCACAAAUCGACAUGAUGGCCUCUCGACUCAACAAGAAGCUCAAGCGGUAUUGUUCCAGGUCAUGGGACCCACAGGUUGUAGAGGUCGACGCCCUGACAACUCCGUGGGUCUACCAGCUGGUGUACUUGUUUUCUCCAAUUCCUCUGAUCCCAAGAGUUCUCAAAAAAAUUUAAAAGGGAAAAAGGUCAAGCACUCCUGAUUGCUCCGGACUGGCCGCAAAGAGCCUGGUAUGUGGAUCUUCUCGAGAUGCUAAUCAAAGAUCCGUGGCCUCUGCCUCUUCUAGUGGAUCUUCUGCAGCAGAACCUAUUCAUUUAUCAAGACUUACCAUGACUACGUUUGACGGCAUGGAAGUUGAACCGCUGAUUCUGGCCAGGAGAGGGAUUCCUGACAAGGUCAUCCCGACUAUGAUCCAAGCCAGAAAGGGGGUAACGUCAAAACAUUACCAUCGUAUCUGGAUGAAAUAUGUCCCUUGGUGUGAGAGCAGACGAUAUUCUACGGUGGAAUUUCAUCUGGGACGUUUCCUGCUCUUUCUGCAGUCGGGAGUUGAUGUGGGCCUACGCCUAAGCUCUAUAAAAGUUCAGAUUUCGGCCUUGUCUGUUUUCUUUCAGAAACAUUUGGCUUCUCUUCCUGAGGUCCAGACGUUCUUGAAGUGUGUUCUUCAUAUCCAACCUCCCUUUGUGCCUCCCAUUGCACCUUGGGAUCUCAAUUUGGUUCUGCAAUUCCUCCAAUCGGACUGGUUUGAACCAUUACAGGAGGUAGACGUAAAGUAUCUUACAUGGAAGACAGUCAUGCUGUUGGCCUUGGCUUCGGCGAGGCGCGUCUCGGAGCUGGGGCAUUGUCUCAAAAGAAACCCUACUUGAUUUUCCAUGAGGACAGAGCUGAUCUCAGGACUCAUCAGCAAUUCCUUCAUAAGGUGGUGUUGGCGUUUCAUAGCAACCAGCCAAUUGUGGUUCCGGUUGUUACUGACACCUCUGCUACUUCGAUGUCCUUGGACUUUGAAAGGGCUUUAAAGGUAUAUGUAAAGCGAACUGCUUGUCACAGGAAAUCGGACUCGCUGUUCAUUCUAUAUGAUGCCAACAAUAUUGGGUGUUCUGCUUCAAAGCAGUUUAUUCACGCUAGAUCCUGCUCACUAUCCAGCAUGCUUAUUCCACGACAGGUUUGCCAAUUCCAAAAUCUGUACAGGCCCACUCUACUAGGUCGAUGGUUUCCUCUUGGGCGUCUGCCCGCGGUGUCUCGGCAGUACAACUCUGCUGAGCAGCUACUAGGUCGGGUUCGAACACGUUUGCCAAGUUUUACAAGUUCGAUACCUUGGCCUCUGAGGACCUUCAGUUUGGUUAGUCAGUUCUGCAGGAACCUCAGCACUCUCCCACCCAGUUUGGGAGCUUUGGUACUUCCCCAUGGUACAAAAUGAAUUCCCAGUAUCCCCUAGUAAGAGAAAAUAGGAUUUUAAUUACCUACCGGUAAAUCCUUUUCUCGUAGUCCAUAGAGGAUACUGGGCACCCGCCCGGUGCUUCGUUCUUCUUGCACGGUUGCUUGUUUAACUGUUGUUUGAUUCAGCUGUUGCUGUCACUGUUUUCAAGUUUGGUUAGCAUGGCUUUCGUCUUGUUCUGUUGUGCUGGUUCAAAAUCUCACCGCUAUCCUUAUCUAUUUCCUUCUCUAAAAGUAUGUCCGUCUGCUCGGGCACAGUUUCCUAGACUGAGUCUGGUAGGAGGGGCACAGAGGGAGGAGCCAGCACACUUUAUCAAACUUCUAUAGUGCCCAUGGCUGCAAGUGGGCCAGUCUAUACCCCAUGGCACUAAAUGGAUUCCCUGUAUCCCCUACAGACUACGAGAAAAGGAUUUACCGGUAGGUAAUUAAAAUCCUAUUUUUUCCAUCAAAAUUCUACACACAAAUCCCCAUGACAAUGUAAAAAAAAAUGUUUUUGAGAUUUUUGCAAAUUUAUUAAAAAUAAAAAAACUAAGAAAUCACAUGUACACAAGAAUUCACAGCCUUUGCUCAAUACUUUGUUGAUGCACCUUUGGCAGCAAUUACAGCCUCAAGUAUUUUUGAAUAUGAUGCCACAAGCUUGGCCUACCUAUCUUUGGGCAGUUUCUCCCAUUCAUCUUUGCAGCACCUCUCAAGUUCCAUCAGGUUGGAUGGGUAGCGUCGGUGCACAACCUUUUUCAGAUCUCUCCAGAGAUGUUCAAUCGGAUUCAAGUCUGGGCUCUGGCUGGGCCACUCAAGGACAUUCACAGAGCUGUCCUGAAGCCACUACUUUGAUAUCUUGGCUGUGUGCUUAGGGUCUUUGAUCCGCUGAAAUAUGAACCAUCGUCACAGUCUGAGGUCAAGAGCGCUCUGGAGCAGGUUUUCAUCCAGGCUGUCUCUGUACAUUGUUGCCUUCAUCUUUCCCUCUAUCCUGACUAGCCUUCCAGUUCCUGCCGCUGAAUCCCCACAGCAUGAUGUUUCCACCAACAUACUUCACAGUAGGGAUGGUAUUGGCCUGGUGAUGAGCGGUGACUGGUUUCCUCCAAACAUGACACCUGCCAGUCACGCCAAAGAGUUCAAUCUUUAUCUCAUCAGACCAGAGAAUACUGUUUCUCAUGGUCUGAGUGUCCUUCAGGUGCAUUUUGGCAAACUCCAGACGGGCUGUCAUGUGCUUUUUUACUAAGGAGUGGCUUCCGUCUGGCCACUGUACCAUACAGUCCUGAUUGGUAGAUUGCUGCAGAGAUGGUUGUCCUUCUGGAAGGUUCUCCUCUCUCCACAGAGGAAUGCUGUAGCUCUGACAGUGACCAUCUGGUUCUUAGUCACCUCCCUAACUAGGGCCCUUCUCCCCUGAUCUCUCAGUUUUGUCGGCUGGCCAGCUCUAGGAAGAGUCCUGGAGGUUCCUAACUUCUUCCGUUUAAUGAUGGAGGCCACUGUGCUCAUUGGGACCUUCAAAGCAGCAGAUAUUUUUCUGUAAACUUCCUCAGAUUUGUGCCUCUCUUGAAACGAUCCUGUCUCGGAGGUCUACAGACCAUUCCUUUGACUUCAUGCUUGGUUUGUUCACAGACAUGCACUGUCAAGUGUGGGAUCUUAUAUAGACAAGUGGGUGCCUUUCCAAAUCAUGUCCAAUCAACUGAAUUUACCACAGGUGGACUCCAGUUAAGCUGUAAGAACGUCUCAACGAUGAUCAAUGGAAACAGGAUGCACCUGAGCUCAAUUUGAGCUUCAUGGCAAAGGCUGUGAAUACUUAUGUACAUGUGAUUUCUUUGUUUUUUAUUUUUUCACAUUGUCAUGAGGUAUUGUGUGUAGAAUUUUGAGGGGAAAAAUUUAUUUAUUCCAUUUUGGAAUAAGUCUCUAACAUAAAACAUGGAAAAAGUGACGCGCUGUGAAUACUUUCCGGAUGCACUGGUCAUCAAAGUGCAAAUGGUGGCCGAGGAGGAGGCAGGACAUGAUUAUAUAAUUACUGCAAUACCCAAUGACAUCAUUAAGCCCCACUUUUUAAGACUCGGAAUGGCUGGAGGACAUUAAAAGUGCAGUAUUGAAAAGAAGGAAGUCUCCAUUUUUAAAAUAAUUUGUUCUCUAGAAGACUGGUGAUCAGUGUGUUAAUCAGACAGUAAGCUUCUAUACUAUAGGAAUCAUUGUGAAGUCCAGGAAUGGGGCAGGAUCUGUCCCAUCCUGACUUCAAUAUAUACAUUGGGCACACAAGCUGGGUACACACUAGAUCAGAGAUUUUCAACCUUUUACAACUCGUGGCGCACUGAACAAGUAUUAAAUAUUGCCAAGGCACACACAAAUAUAAUGGUGAUGCGUGGUGCAGUUGCGUGUCCUAUGAUGUCAUGUUGCAGCUUCUCCAUAGGUAACGCCUGAGCCACAUCUGAGAAAGCCAUAAGAUCCCAACACUGCCCGGGUCCAAAAUAAGAACUGGCUCUGCAACCACUAAACCCACCAGUAUUGAUCGUUCCAGGGCCUCAGUAGCGGCAAAACACUGACGGGCCUGGCUGUGCUUCUACGGCGGCACACCUGGAGACUGCUCAGGGCACACUAGUGUGCCACAGCACAGUGUUUGAAAAACACUUUACUAGAUGAUAUGUCGUUUGAUCCAGCUGAGAUUUUAGAGAACUGCAUCAGGGAAAAAAAAAAAACACACUGGAGAUUAGUUAUACGAUUUGUUUAAGUAUUUGAUUAUAUAAAUUUGUAGUUGUUAGUAAAAUCAAUAUACUGUGCAUUUCAUUUA